AUGGCCUUUCGUUUCCUUUCUGCCGUUUGUGUAAACUUAAGAAUCGAAAUUAAACCCGUAUGCGAUGGAAUUAUCGAUAGAUUAUUGGAUACAAUUUUAUACAUCAUUGAUAAUGACAAGUCUCUAACAGGACAGUGGAUAUGCUCAGUAGUACUUCAGAGUUACGGAUGUAGUCAACCUGAAAACAAAGAUUGGACAAUAACAGUUGAUGAUGGUUGUAGUCCAAAGAAACUCCAAAUGCUUUCUAAGUCAAAUACUAGUAAGAUACUUCACAUAACAGAUUUUCAUUUCGACCAGCAUUAUUCACCAGGAAGUAAUGCAGAAUGUCAAUAUCCAAUAUGCUGCAGCGAGGAUGUAGGAACGCCGUCUGAUCCGUUAGCUGAGGCUGGUUAUUGGGGUGAUUACAGAAACUGCGAUACACCACGACAUACUAUCGUUAAUGCCUUGAACCAUGCACGGGAAAAUAACAAAAUAGAUUACGUUUACUUCACCGGAGACGUUAUAGAUCAUCGAGUUUGGAAGACAGAAAAACAAAACAAUAUUAACGUUAUGAGGCAAAAUUAUGAUAUUAUUGAUACAGCAUUUCCUAACAUUCCCGUUUAUCCUGUUUUGGGAAAUCAUGAACCACAUCCCAUAAAUCUUUAUUCUCCUAGUUCAGUAGAUCCAAAGUUAAGCAUUCAGUGGGUAUUUGACUUAAUUGCGAAGGAAUGGAGUAGAUGGCUACCUGAAGCCACCAAACAAACGAUAUUGAAAGGUGGCUACUAUACUGUAAAAGUAAACGAGAAAUUUAGAAUUGUAGCACUCAACAGUAAUGUAUGCUAUACAUUUAAUUUAUGGUUACUAUACACUUAUGUGGACAUGUACGAUCAGUUACAGUGGCUAAGGGAUGUUCUUGCUGAGGCUGAAACUAAUGGCGAAAAUGUACAUAUACUCAGCCAUGUACCGACAGGUUCGGUAGAAUGCUAUACAACAUGGGCAAGAGAAUACCGAAAAAUUAUUAAUAGGUACGCAAAUUCAAUUAAAGGAAUUUUUAAUGGGCAUACACACACCAACGAAUUUCAAUUGUUUUACAAUCUUUCAAAUCCAAGUCAAGCCAUAGCGAUGGCUUUCAAUGGAGGAAGUGUGACUUCAUACAACUAUUUAAAUUCAAAUUAUAUUAUCUAUGAAACUGAUGUUAGAACAAAUACCAUAAUCAAUUACGAGCAUUAUACUUACAAUUUAACAGAAGCAAAUCUUGCUGGAGCAAAUGUCAAACCAAGAUGGUAUCAACUGUACUCCUUCAAGGAUGCUUACAAUUUAGAUGAAAUGAAUUUGGACACCGUCGCCAGUCUAGUAGAAAGAAUGGCAGGGAAUAGUUCCUUAGCUCAACUAUACUACAGAAACAAGUACAAGAAUUCAGAUCCUUUCAUUGAACAAGGAUGCGACAACGAAUGUAUUUCUGACAAUCUCUGUGAAAUCGUCACUUCUUUGUAUACGGAUGAUACUCAGUGUAAUGUGCUCGAAAGUAUUAUGGAGUACUCUUAUAAGCAAGGAUGAUCGUCAACAAAUAGAAUAAAAGGAGCGGAUUUACGUCUUCAAUUUUGUCUUUUACUGUGAUUUCUCAUUUAAGUGUAUUUAUUAUAAUUAUCCAAAUUUU